AUGGAUAUCACUCCUGUCGUUGAGUUUACAAACGUAAAGUGCACAUCCGUUGAUCAGAAUUUUAGCGACUUUGAGUAUUGUCGACUGAAAUCCGUGAAUCGGACUUAUAAGUACCUAUCUCUUAAGGUGAAACUGUAUAAGAUUCCUGUUACAAAAGUUACGGUAAAAAUUCAGUUGCUCAAAAGAUUGAAUGGGUACAAGCCAUUCUUGUACAAUAUUACUGUCGAUGCCUGUAAGUUUCUUAAAAGUCAAAAGAUAAACCCUGUUUUUGGAUAUUUUCAUGGCAUCUUCCGGGACCAUUCCAAUAUGAAUCACACGUGCCCAUACGAUCACGAUAUCAUUGUGGACAAGCUUACUGCCGACAUUGUCAACACCCAGUUCACAAAAGUUUUGCCUUUUCCCGAGGGAAAAUACCUUUUCCAUUCAAAAUGGUUGGCUUACGGUAUACUUCGAGCGGAGGUAGACGUCUACAUUACUCUUUCUUGA